AUGAGCAACCAACUUCCACCGUACAAGUUCUCCGCGGUGAAGACCUUAGAGCCACCAAAGAUGGACGGCCCAGACCAAUAUGAUCCCCUCCUAAACGACGAUGAGAAGUCUGCAGAGCAAGGUGAAAAGCGAGUUGCCACCCAGGCUCGAAAUCGCUUUCUCCUCCUCAGUGGUGGCUUGCUUCUCUUGUCAAUUCUCAUACUUAUCAUGGGAGGCAUCAACAUUGCUAUGGUCUCGUCCGUGGCAAGCGGUACUACCAAGACGGGUGACGACGUUACAGCUGUCCGAACGGCAUUGGCAACAAAUCAUCUGCAUCAAGCCUCGAAUCAAUCGACUGGGGAUGAAUUUGGCCACUGUGGGAAAUCCAUUAUAGAGGCCCGGGAGCUUGGCUGCAUCUUCGAUCCAAUGUCCUGGGCAUGGCAGCGGCCAGAAUGCUACCACGCCGAUUUGGUAAAGGACUUCCUAGGAAGAAUGGAUUGGCAUUUCUACCUCAGCAAUGAAACACUUCCGGCAGAGGAAGUGCCACGCGAGGAAUGGGAGCGGGGGGAUUAUACCAUUCUUUAUGGCCCGCGGAUGUGGCAUCAAUUUCACUGUACCUAUUCCUGGAGGAAGUUCCACGACUCCUUCCGUCACGGAAUGCCUAUGGACAAUGAUAUCCUCAAGCCCGAACACACGCUUCACUGCGAUAAUGUUUUCCUCCACGGCUACGACCCGAAGAUUUCAGUACCGUGCGACCACUGGGAGAGUGGAUGCCACACAACGGAGCUCCAUGCAGGAUUCAAUCGUUGCGGUUGGUCGUAA